UUGCUGAGGAUACUCAAGAUGGCUCUGCGCUUCCGCACCUUACUCCCUUUUGCCAUACCUGGAGUGCUGGCACUCAUUGGGUGGUGGUGGUUUUCAUCGCGUAAAAAGGAGCGUACCAGCAAUCACGGCAGACAAGACUUCGCCAGCUUGGAGGGAUGCCGGAUAGGCUCUAGGGAAGACCCAGCUCCUUGCUCUGGAGAAGACGCUCAGUCUGUACAAGCAGAGUGUUCUGCUGAAGCAGGAUUGACUCCCAGCCGUUCACCACCCGUAAGGACAGCCUCUUCAGAGCAGGGAGCCCAGAGUUUUGGUCCCUCGGGAGACCUCCCAGUCCCAGCAGGAACAGCAUCUGAAUCCGACACAGUUAAGGACGACAGUAAGAAACUGGAUAUCGUGGUGGUGUCCCAAGGUGAGCACGGGUCUCCUGCAGAAGGGCCUUCCCUUCUUCUCCCAACGACCAACGACGCUACUGCUGGGGGCAAGCUGGAUUCCAGUCAGGUCGGAAACCGGCUGCCAUUGGCGGAAGUGCCUCGUUUGGAAGAGUCAUUGGGGAACAGCUUGGAGAAGAAGAGGACUGCUGGAGACUUAAGCCUGGACGAAGAGGAAGUAGAGAAGAUUGAGCAGGUGGCCAUCCAUAUAAUUUCUCAAGUCAUCUUGGCGGCUACCGAGGAAGUGCUCUCCAGUUCAGUCAGUGACAUGACUGACAGGCUUUGUCAAAUGGCAGCCGGCCAUAUUGACAAACCGCUGGAAAAGGUGUCCUCAGGAGCUCUCAGCCAAGCGGAGUCCAGCAAGAAUCACGACUGUGCCUCUGAGAAGAAGUUGACAGGGUCUGCUCCCCUGCUGGAAGAGAGAGCCCGCCAUCCCACAACGUUCUCCAGCCAUUUGACACACGGCCUCUUGGCCAACCCAGGUUGCAGCUGGCCCAGGGACUCCAUGCGUGCCGAGCAGCCUGCCAGUGAGGCUGCCGUGGCCACAAACCAUACGGAGGAGCUUAAAGACGUUCCUGUUGUGGCAGAAGUUUCUGGCUGCAGCACAUGCCCUUCAGAAGAUGCGGUCAGCAGAGAGGACCUUUUGAAAAAUGGCUCUUCUUCCGUUUCGUGGCAACGGCUGGAUUUGUCGAAUGUGUCCACAGUCAAAGCCUCGGAGCACAGUUCUGUACCGAGCAAGAAACCGCCGUCCCCUGUGCUUCCUGAAAAUAAGGUGCCCUACAGCAAUGGAGUGCUGAGAGAGGACUGUUUGGACCUGCGGCACGAACAGCUGUGGCCAGCAGAAGUGGAUGCUGACCACUCUGGAGGUUCAGAUGUAAAUAGCAUGGAUUCUGUGGACAGUGGCUGCCAGAACUUGGGAGCUGAAUCCAAUAAGACAGAGCUUGUUAUCUGGGAGAUCGAGGUACCAAAGCAUCUAGUGGGCCGGCUGAUUGGUAAGCAGGGGAGGUACGUGAGCUUCCUGAAACAAUCGUCAGGCGCCAAGAUCUACAUUUCAACGGUUUCUUAUGCCCAGGACUUCCAGAUCUGCCAUAUAGAAGGCUCCCAGCAAAACGUCGACAAAGCCUUGAGUCUGAUUGGCAAGAAGUUCAAAGAUUUAAGCCUCACCAAUGUCUAUGCUCUUCCCCCUCCUACGCUGCCCCUGCAUUCCCUUCCGAUGACUUCCUGGCUCAUGCUUCCGGAUGGAGUGACAGUGGAAGUCAUUGUGGUCAACCAGGUCAACGCUGGGCAUCUCUUUGUACAGCAGCACACGCACCCCACGUUUCAUGUCCUGCGUAGCUUAGACGAGCAGAUGUACCUCUGCUAUUCCCAGCCUGGAAUCCCGACUAUGCCAACGCCGGUGGAAGUUGGCGUGGUCUGCGCUGCGCCUGGCGUGGACGGGGCCUGGUGGCGAGCGCAAGUUGUUGGCUACUUCAAAGACUCCGGCGAAGUGGAGAUCAGAUACGUGGACUACGGUGGAUACGAGAGAGUCAAAAUCGACACGCUCAGGCAGAUCAGGUCAGACUUUGUCACACUCCCUUUCCAAGGAGCUGAAGUCCUGUUGGACAACAUCGUGCCUCUUCCAGACGAAGAUCACUUCUCCUCCGAAGCAGACACUGCAGUCAGUGAAAUGACCAGGGGCACACCCUUGCUUGCACAGGUUACAAAUUAUGACACCGUGACGGGGUUGCCUCUAAUACAGCUGUGGAGCAUGAUAGGAGAUGAGUUGGUGUCUAUAAACCGGACCAUGGUGGAAAGAGGGUUUGCAAAAUGGAUCGAAAGCUACUAGGGAAGACUGUGCUGUUCCCCAGGCUGGCUGCUUCCCUUGCCCACUCCCCCGUAGUCUUUUUUUAUCGCCUUUACGUGUGUUGGCACUCUUUUGGAAUCAGGUUUGGCAGUCCCUCCCGACACACGGGGAGCGUACACACCGCUGGUGCGUCUGGUCUAUUCCAAUGUGUUCAUCUGACAAGUUAUGCGUUUCUCUAUCUGUAUACUUCGUUUUGUCGCAAGGCAGGGAGUGAAACCAUAAGCCAUAAAGAGACUGUAUCUCUGAAGCCUCCGUUUAUUCCCCCCCCUCCCUGACCUGGGUCCAAAAGGUAAAAAAGAGAAAAGGAAAAAAAAGAAAAAAAGUAUGUAUGAAUGAAAAGUCCUGUCAGGGUACGGAAGGAAAUCACUACGGAUUUAAACUGUGUGUGGAACACGUCCCCAGUCGCCGCACUGGCUGCUGCACUAGCACUUCCUUCAGCAGCUCCUGCUUGGAAGCAGAGGUGGCUUCUGGCCAGGGAAAGGGCCAGAGAUUCGGGAGGCAUGUUUUCCCGGUGUUUUCCAGACAUGCUCUGGCUCUUCUCAGCUUGGUGGUGGUAGCCGGGAAACGGAACGGAGAACCAUUGGUUGUGUGGUCCUGUUUUUGUUGUUGGCUUGGUUUUUUAAUUAAGGCUCGGUUUGCUCAAGAAAAAGAAGCUGCAGACCCCUUAAACUGAUCAAAUAAACCCCGAUAGCAGCAACCUUUUAAAAUCCCCAGAAUCAUGUUCAGACAAAAAGAAGAAUCUGAUUGCCAACCCUGAUAGAUACGAUUACAGUUUUCUAGCUGUGCAACAACUUAUGUAAAUAUAUAUAAAAAAUAUUGUAAUAUUUUGUACAAGGGGGGGAACACUGGAGAAAAACUAAAAGGGAACGUAAAAUCUAUCGACUUUUUUACACCAAAAUGUCGUCCUCUGUUGUUAAGACUGAUUUGUCGUCAUGUUGGUACAGCCGUGUGAGGGCUCGCUGUGCGCUCGUGUACAGGACGACAGUUUCGGCUAGCUUUUGCUGAAUGGGAUGGACAGUAAUCUACAGACUCUUUGCUACUACUUUGCUGUACAUAUCUGACUUUAAAAAAAGAGGGGGGGGAUAACAUUCGGAAUUAAUGUUGCA